AAACGUCCUGUUUACAGUUGCUGUGGAAACGACAACACCACACCCACACAUUAUUCUUUUGUUGUUAAUACGGUGGAACGCAUCCGUAUAGCCUGUUUUUUAGGCGACAGAAGAGCGAAGAAACACAAUUCUUCUCAGCAUUAAGAUGGCCAACUCUGACAUCACAGACAAAGUCCUCAUAACAGAGUCUGCAGAUCCUUCCUCACGUCUUGCCCCUUCUUAUGUGGACCCUUAUGAACGCUCUGUAAGAUACAUGGAAAGUCAUAACAUUUUACAGAUUUUCCAGGAGAUAACAGAGAACCUGGUUUUUGACAGGCCAGAAGAUCCUCUCCAGUUUAUGUUAGAGCAGGUGCAGAUGAAAAUCCAGAUGAGAGAGGAAACGAGGAAUAAAACUGAGUAGAAAAUAGGCGUUCCACUCCAUACCUCUGAAGAUGAAAACCAUCAGUUAUGUGUAAACUCUAAAUCAAGACACUUAGUUCAGUGGUAACUACUCAGAUACUUGUACCUUGGGUUUUUGUUUUUAUUGUCAAAGGGUCAGGUUUAGCCUUACUGAAAAGGUUUGAUAAGCACUGCCUUAACCGUGUAGAUACAAAACCACAGGGUGCAGUUUUCAUUGAAGAUUUGUAUUUUUUUAAAUAGUCUUUGUGAAUAAUGUUAAAAUGGCUUCACUGCUGGCUGUAUGUAUUAGUAUGGGAAACACAAUUCAAAAGGGGUUUGUUGAGAGUGGACUAUGAAGCCAACAAUAGGUCAAUAAUGCCAAUGAAAUCCAAAUGUCUGACAGUUUGAGUCUCUUUUUUGCAGCAAUGUGGGUUUGUCUUGCAGCUCAAUAAACACUGCAAACUGACAAAACAGGUUUUCACAAUAUCAUAUUUCUUUAACGAAACCCUGGUGCUUCUGAUCCUUUGCACUUCAUUUGCUCAAUGAGGUUACACAAAGAGGGGGUUUCUGAGAAAGUGUAGCUGUUCCUAAAACGUAACGCCUAUUGUCUGAUACAAGAUAAUACUGAAAGCAGCGGUGCCAGGCCCUGUGAGGCCCAACCAUAUCAGAAAGGUGAAGAAAUUCAAGGAACAGUCAUGACCCCUGAUGUUGAUACAAAGGACGUCUGUUUAAGAGGCUUGCUCGUGGGCGGGAACUUUGUAAUAGCGUGCUGUGGAUUGGCGCUCAUGGCCAUGUGUAUUUUCUUCAUAACGGACCAUGAUAGACUAUACAUCCUGGUGUUUGCUACAGGAAAUGACAGCAUCUGGAGGGGGGCCUGGAUAGGCCUCUUCACUGGGUUUGCCCUUUUCUGCACGUCCUUAUUCGGAAUGUAUGCCAUUGUCGGGUCCAACAGACACCAACUACUGGCUUACCUCAUCCUGAUGAUAAUUAUAUACGCAUUUGAGGUGGCUUCAACUGUCACUGCUGCAACUCACAAGGACUGGUUCAUCCUAAAUCUCUUCCUGAAGCAAAUGCUGCAAAAUUACAGCAAACCAUUACCAGAGGAUCUUCCCAGUCCUCAGGACCAGAUCUAUGUUAUCAAUGGAAUAACAGACACUUGGAACCGCAUAUUGACUGAGUCUAAGUGCUGUGGAGUGUAUGGGCCAGAAGACUGGGUUAAGUAUGACUCAUCAUUCAGAGAGCAGAACACAGACACUGAAUACCCCUGGCCCAGACUUUGCUGCCUGCAGGAUGCCAAGGGAGCCAUCAGCCAUGUGGAGGGCUGCAAAAUUGGGGUCAAACCCUUCCUUUAUGUACAGGUUGUUAUGACUUCGUUGCUGGUCCUUGAUCCAACAUAGUUUUGGAGUCUCUUGGUUUGGAUUUGCCAUAUUGUGCUUCACGUUCUUUGUGAUGCUAGGGGUGAUUGUCCGAUAUACUCAGUUGGAUUAUUGAAGACGACCACCAACACGAAUUUGGUGAGGGUUUGUUAUAUAUAUAUUUUAGUGAGGGUUUGUUAUAUAUAUUUUGCUGAAAUACAA